CCAACUAAGGAGACGUGUUCUUGAGCUACUCACCUCAUUAUGUUUUUCUCUUUGAUCCCAAGCCUCAAUAACAAAAUUCCCAUGAAUUAAACCUCGUAUAUACUUAUAUAUAUUUAUUGAAUAUUUGCAUAGAUUUGUGGUAAAUGAAGAUGGGAAUGUUGAUGUUUUUGAUGAUGGUGGUGGUGAUAGGAUGUUUGAUGAGAGUAGGAUUAGGUAUAAGAUUUGUGAUCGACAAAGAGGAGUGCUUCUCACACAACAUUCUCUACGAAGGCGACGUCGUUCAUUCUUCUUUCGUCGUCAUCAAAGCUGAUAACGCUUGGCAUCACGUCGACGAUGGCAUCGAUUUCGUUAUAAAGGGGCCAGGCGGGGAGAAGAUCAAAGAGUUCCACGAUAAGAUUAGCGACAAAUACGAAUUCAUUGCUGAGAGGAAAGGGAUCUACCACUUCUGCUUCUCCAACAAGUCCCCCUUUCACGAGACGGUUGAUUUCGACGUGCUCGUCGGCCAUUACAGGACCUACGACCAGCACGCCAAGAGCGAGCAUUUCAACCCGGUGGUGGAGCAAAUCUCGAAGCUCGAAGAAGCUCUCUACAACAUCCAGUUCGAGCAGCACUGGCUCGAGGCUCAGACCGACCGACAAGCUCUUGUAAAUGAAUCGAUGAGCCAGAGAGCAGUGUUCAAGGCGAUAUUCGAGUCGUUAGCUCUCAUCGGAGCUAGCUCCCUUCAGGUGUUCCUCCUCCAACGCCUCUUCGAGCGGAAGCUCGGGACCUCUCGAGUCUGAAACUCGUAUCAAGGCAAACUUUGUUGCUACAUUCUUCGUGUCAUAUCUCGUAUUUCAGUUCAUCAAUACAUAUAUCAAUGUUCGUGUCAUAUUUCAUAUUUUAGUUCAUCGGUACACAUCGUUGUAUGCGAUUAUAAUGUCAUCUAAUACACGUGGCGUGCAUUAUGAAAUAAUAAAACAUCAAUCUACGAGUGAUGAAAUAAAAUACGAGAUAGAGAUAAAGAUAGGAGUAACAUUUAUUGGGAGAUAAAAGUACACACAGCAAUAUGAUUCAGAUACACACACUCUUCUCUACUAUCUAUCUAAGUCAAAUUUAUUGGCUGAAGAGAAAGAAAAAUAAACACAGUAAAAACCUCAUCUAAGACUGAAAGAUGGUACAGAUUAAUCUAAUUCACUCUGCUUUCUCCAUCUCUUCAAAGGCUGCUCCGCUGCCAGUCGCGUCGUCCCAACGAAAUC